AUUUUACCUGCUGCAAGAGAGCAGUUCAGAAACUGUUCCGAGCGUUGGGUUGUAUACAGUCAAAUCUACCCCUUUAGAAUAACUAUUUUGUUGUUUGUUUUGAGGGUCUCUAGAGAGACUUCUCAUGAACAAAAAAAGAACAGGAAGGGACAUUUUCUGUGAUCACGCACAUAUUAUUUACUCUGUUGAUCGGGGGAACUUUCCGAAACUUGCUUCCUCCCCCAAGCACUUCUGGAUUUACGCCGCACGUCUAUUACGGUCGACUUUGCCAGUGACUUUGACCGCUUGGGUCUGUCAAGUUAACGUCGCGGGGGAUCUGCGUUAAGGAGAGACCGCUCUAUUUGAAGGGAUUCACGCAUGUCUGGAUAUUAACUUCCCUUGUUAAUUUGAGAACGGUCUCUGAGGAAGACAGUGGAUGUUAUUGUGUUCGUGUUUUUGAACAUUUUGUACCAACUAAUACAGCAGAAGCGUCAACAUGUUGAGUAACACUGGAGUCUAUGCUGUCAAGAAGCGGAAGAAGCCCGUUCAAAAAACCAAGAAAUCUCCUGCUCCAGAUGUGGUCAAGUCGAACCCAUCCAAACGCCACCGGGAUCGGCUGAAUGGGGAGCUGGACAGGCUGACAGGCCUCCUACCAUUCCCUGAGGAUGUGCGCUCUCGCCUGGACAAACUCUCUGUGCUCCGCAUCAGCGUCGGCUACCUGAAGGUGAAGAGCUUCUUCAAAACAACCAUGAAGAAAAGCAGUGUCCUGUUUCCUGGGGGGGAUGGCCUGAACAUGAAUGGGAUGAACGCCCCAACCUUGUCCGAGGGGGACCUACUUCUCCAGGCUCUGAAUGGCUUUGUGCUGGUGGUCACAGCUGAGGGACAUGUGUUCUAUUCCUCUCCUACUAUCCAAGACUACCUGGGCUUCCAUCAGUCAGACGUGGUCCACCAGAGUGUGUUUGAGCUGAUCCACACAGACGACAGAGCCACGUUCAGACGACAGCUUCACUUUGCCCUCAACCCCAAGCCCUUUGACCCAGAGCAGGGAGGAGACGGCAUGGCGAGCAGCAGUGACAUCACCAGGAACAUCGUGACCUAUAACCCUGAGCAGCUCCCACCAGAGAACUCCUCCUUCCUGGAGAGGAACUUCGUGUGUCGCUUCCGCUGCCUCCUAGACAACUCCUCUGGCUUCCUGGCUCUGAACUUCCAGGGGCGUUUGAAGUUCCUCCAUUGCCAGAGCAUGCUGGGGGAUGACGGGAUGCACAGCCAGCCCAGGUUGGGCCUGUUCACCAUCGCCACCCCUGUCCACACCCCGUCCAUAUUGGAGAUCAGAAACAAGACGAUCUUCUUCCAGACCAAACACAAGCUUGACUUCACCCCCACGGGUGUCGAUGCCAGGGGGAAGGUUGUCCUGGGAUACUCAGAGAUUGAGUUGUGUAUGAGAGGCUCUGGGUAUCAGUUCAUCCACGCAGCUGAUAUGAUGUACUGUGCAGAUAGCCAUGUCAGAAUGAUUAAGACAGGAGAGAGUGGUCUGACCACGUUCAGACUGCUGCAGAAGACUGGGUGCUGGGUCUGGGUCCAGGCCAAUGCCAGGCUUGUCUACAAAGGAGGAAGACCCGACUUCAUCAUCGCACGCCAGAGAGCUUUACUUAAUUCUGAGGGAGAGGAGAAUCUACGCCAGAGGAAGAUGCAGCUGCCCUUCAGCUUCACCACCGGGGAGGCCCUGCUGUACGAGACCGGCCCCACCCUGGAUGCCACAGAGUUCCAAACCAAUCCCCCAAAAAUCUGCAAGGUGGAGUCUCUGGACCCCCAGUCUCUACUGGGCUCUUUACUAAAGCAGGACGAAACCGUCUACACCCAGCCCCAGGAGCCUCAGCUACCCAUAGACCAGGUAUUCAUGGACAGCCGAGCGCUCACCAACGUGGCCUGUAACUCCUGGCAGAGUAGCAUGGAGCCCCAGGGGCCCGACGGGGUUGAUGAUGGUGAUAGCCCCAGGGAGGUCAAGCACGAGGGGGCGUUGGUAGCCAUGAUCGAUGCCCUGGAGAAGAUGGCGCAGGAUGGGGACCUGUGUGCGGCUCUGCAGGGGAUGGACGUGGGUACGGCGGAGCUGAUGGAGUGGGAGAGCACCCUCCUCAGGCUGAGCCAGAACUCCAAUGGGACCGGGAGCGGGGACACUUCCCUAGAGCUGGAUGACAUCAUGACCAACGACAUCUUCUCUUACGUGGAGGAAGCCUUGUUCAAGGAGAGCAGCGAGGGGAGCGGUAACCAGCCCAACUGCUCCACCAUGGUCAACAAUGACCCUAACCUGUUCACAGGGGUGCUCGACAACAACAACCAGGGUGGACCAUUUACAGGAGUGGUCAGCCCUACUACAGGUGCCGGACAGUGCAAGCCCGGGUUGCUUGACAAAUUCAGCUUUGUCCAAAAUGGCUCCCCAGUGAACGAUCUAAAUGGUAUCAGCCACAGUCAGGUAACAGACAACAGAGUAGUUGGUUUGUCAGGACAGAACCAGGCAGGACCACAGCAGGUGUUCAAGAGCACCCAGAGGCUCUCCCACUUCGGCCCCCAGAUUCCUCAGACGGGCCUGAAUAUCCCCAUCCUGCAGCAGCUACAGCUCAACGACAUCUUCACCCCCGCUCUGGAGCUCCCCGAGCUCAGUAUCCCACAUAGCUCAGGCCAGAAUGAGUCUGUCACGUUAAGCACUAGCAUGGCUGGAUCCUGUGCUCAGGCACCAAACAACCACAUGGGAAGCCCUCAGAUCAUCGCUGGCCAGGUCCAAUCUAACCAGCCACCUCCACAGUGUUUCCCUCAUAAUGGCUUGCCAGCUGCAAUGGCACCAAACGGACCAGAGGAGAUCUCUGUUCCACAGUCCAACCAUCUACCACCUAUUCUGGUGGAUGCUUGGGCAUCUUUGAUUCCCAGUAAUGGCUUUGUUUCACCCCAGAUUGCCUGCAGUGCACCAUUUCAGUCGCUAAAAACCCAGAAAGUGCAGCAGUGGCCCCAGAACCAGCAGCAUCAGCUACCACCACCCGCCAGCACAAUGAAAAAUGGACACCAAUUCAUCCCAGACUGUCACAGUCAAGCCACAGAGACCCAAAGAGUCCCUCUCACAGGCCUUUGGCCACAGAACACAGGAUUGUACCACCAACCCCAGCAGGGGCGAUUGGCCAACGGCCAGCCUGCUCCAUCCGGCAGCUGUAUGUUUGAGAACGUCUCACCCCCCCUCCCCAACAGAAACAGCCACGUGGAUGGCACCAUUCUGCCUCCCCCCUUGUCUGUAUGCCAGAGGAGGAUGGUGGACCCCCAGGACCAGAGCUACUUGCAGUGGGGCCCCAGUGAGCCGGUGGUGGACACGUCAGCCAUCAUCCAGGACAACACCGGAAUCAGCUUCCCGGCUCGCCCGCUUGUGGCCAACAUCACCACCCCCGAGAGCCUACUGGCCAUGCAGCAGUACCUUUCUGGACGCAACAGAGUCGGACAGACACAGAUCCCAAGCCUCUGUGUAGUAGACAGCAAUGGAACAUUCUCCUCAUCCCCACUUGUCAAUGGAACAUUCUCCUCAGCCCCACUUGUCAAUGGAACAUUCUCCUCAGCCCCACUUGUCAAUGGAACAUUCUCCUCAGCCCCACUUGUCAAUGGAACAUUCUCCUCAGCCCCACUUGUCAAUGGAACAUUCUCCUCAGCCCCACUUGUCAAUGGAACAUUCUCCUCAGCCCCACUUGUCAAUGGAACCAUGUGCUUUACAGACCACAACCAAACCAACUAUUGUGACUUCUAAACACGAGUCACAUGUUACUCUGUAAACAUUAUGGACAAAAAGAGGAGGAAGCCAUCCAUGGAUCUGUUCAUCCAUCCAUCCGUACACAUUCAAAGACAACACACUGCCUUAAGAGCUGCCUCAGGGAGGGUGUCGUGAUGACAAGCCAUCUCCUAGUCAGACACACCAUUCAUCUCCCCAUAUCAGUGUUUACAGGAAAUACAAGCACUCUUUUGAUUAAGCACUUGUCACUUCUGUCAGCAAUGGAACAAAAAGCAGCCACUUUACAUGGAUCUGGUUUUCUUUCUUUCUUUGUUGGGUUGCCUUCUGUUUUGUUUGUUGUUGCCUUGUCUUUGGUUUUAUUACUGUGGAAAAACAGUAUCUGUCACAACUUCAAUGAUAUGAGUGAAGUUUGAAUCCUCGCUGGUGAAUUUGGCUUGUGUUAUAAUGGCUUUUUAGGGUCAUGCCCAAUUCCCAAAAUGAUUUAUAUAUAUUAAUGAAGCAGGCCAUAUUCAUUUCUUUUUUACGUUUGUUUCUUCUUACAUUUACAGUGACAGGACACCAUUCAAGUUUUCACUCGUGGAGAAACAUACAAAAAAAUGAUAUUGUACUCAGAGAUUAAAAAUAAAGGCAAAACAUCCUCAAUUUAUAUAUGGAGUGUGGGGUUGCAAAAUUUUGUGAACUUUAGAUACAUUUCCUAAUUUUUACAAAAUCCCAGUUGGAGAAUUCCUUGAAUCAGGAAUCAGGGAAUAGGCAGGAAAUCCAGAAUCCUCCAACCAGGGAAAACCAGGGAAUUUAUUGAAUGUUCCUGGAAUUUUGCAACCCUAAUGAAGUGUAAAUACAGAAAUGGCCUCUAUAUUAUUAUAAAGAUAUGAUUGUUUUUAUUAUGUGAGUGUGUUAUGGCUGUGAUGAAUAUGACUGUGUGUACAUGGGGUGUGUUCCUGUUUGUGUUUGCUUGUUCUGAAGAAUGAAUGAAGCGGUGUACAAAUAUAAUUUCUGAGGAAAAAGCAACGUAUUUCAUUGAAAUGUCUGCAUUGGUUGCAGAGUAGGCUAUAAAAAAAACAAAUUAUGUGCUUUCAGAUUGUACUUCUUGUAAUGCUAUUGGUAUCCAAAUGUCAUUACAAUUUAACAAUAGUCUGAUAUAGUACGUUGAUAAUGCUAUAUCAAUAGUAUUCAAUCCAUUUAUAGUUGUCUCUUUGUUUUAUCUAAACUUCACUGAGCCAUAUGCUAACUUGUGGUAAUUUUUUUACUUUAGUUUUUUGUUCAUAAUAUCAUCUGUGGAGGAAGGUGUAGUGCAUGUUAAGGAGACUCAGGAGACAUACAGUCACUAGUGAAAGUCGACACACCACUUGCACAGUCUUCACAUUUUGCUACCUUAAAAUCUGAAAAGAGAUUUUUUUUCCUACCGAUCUAAACAAUCUACUCCACAUUUUCAAAGUGAAACAAAAAUGUAUAAAAAAGAAAUAGGAAACAAAGAUGUUUUGAUUGCGUUUGUCUUCGCAGCCGAGGGGUUAAUACUUGAUGGAAGACCCCUUUUUGUUGUAAUUUUUCUCUCCCCAAUUUUGUGGUAUCCAAUGUGUAGUUAGAAUCUUGUCUCAUUGCUGCAACUCCCCUAUGGACUCGGGAGAGGUAAAGGUCGGGAGCCAUGCGUCCGCCAAAACACGACCCUGCCAGGCUGCACUGCUUCUUGACACACUGCUCGCUUAACCCGGAAGCCAACCGCACCAAUGUGUCGGAGGAAACACCGUCCAACUGACGACCGAUGUCAGCUUGCAGGUGCCCGACCUGCCACAAGGAGGUCGGUAGAGCACGAUGAGACAAGGAAAUCCCAGCCGGCCAAACCUUCCCCGAACCCGGGCGACACUGGACCAAACCCUCCCCUAACCCAGAUGACGCUAGGCAAAUUGUGCGCUGCUUCAUGGGUCUCCCGGUCACGGCUGGCUGUGGCACAGCCUGGGAACGAAACCGAGGCUGUAGUGACGCCUCAGCACUGCAAUGCUGUUCCUUAGACCACUGCACCACUUGGGAGUCUCCGGUGGAAGCACCUUUGAUUUCAUUACAGCUGUGAAUAAUUUUGAAUAAGAUUAUACCAACUUUUAGAGAAACAUAUUUUGAUUGUUUAUGUCAAAAUUGCUUACGGUCAGUAAAUUUGUUCAGGAGUCAUUGAUCGGCAGCCAUAUUCAAACCUUGUUUCUGAUUGUCAAGCAAAUUUAAGUCAAGGCUAAGAAACACUCAAGUACACUCAAGCCAUUCUGGUGUCUUUGGCAUUAACAUUUUUGUAACUGUGCCGCUGAAAAUAAAACUCUAUUCCAGGGUUUUCCUCAACUUUUUACCUAGGCUUUGCUCUUUUCAUGUUUCUUUUGAUCCUGACAAACUCCUCAGUCCCUACUAGUGACAGGCAUACCCAUAACAUGAUGCUUCCACCACAAUACUUGAAAAUACAGACGGUUUAUAUUGGAUUUGACAAAAGCCUGUUGUUUUUUUUAUUUAGGCCAAAAAGUGAUUUAUUUGCCGUGUUGUCUUGCAGUAUUACUUUAGAGCCUUGUUGCAACCAGAAUGGAUGAUUUGUAAUGGAUAUUGUAACACAGGCUUCCUUCUCUUCACCUUAUCAUACAGGCCAGUAAUGUGGAGUGAAUGUAAUGUUGUUGAUCCUCUGUAUUUUCAAGUAUUGUGGUGGCAGCAUCAUGUUAUGGGUAUGCUUGUCAUGCCAGUGGCUGGGGAGUUUGUCAGGAUCAAAAUAAAUAUAAAAGGAGCAAAGCCCAGGUAAAAAGCUAGAGGAAAACCAGCCUCAGUCUUCUGAAUACCUAACCCUGGGAUAGAUUUUUAAAUUUCUGCCGGACAAUUUCACAAAGUCAAAUGCCAAAGACACACCAGUAUGCCUUUCCAAUAGGUGUUGAGUGGUCCUGAAUGGUCCAGUCUCAGUCCUGACUUUAACCUGCUCAAAUCAGAAACAAUAUUUGAAUAUUGCUGCGCAUCAAUGAUUCCCAACUUAAUGUACUGUGCUUGAGCAAUUUUGACAAAAACAAUGGAUACGCAGUAUGCUGCCCUAAGAGUAGUAGAAUCUUAUUCAAAAUUAUUCACAGCUUUAAUGGCUGGCAAAGGUGCUUCCACCAAUUAUCAACUCUGGUGUGAAGACAUACGCAAUCAAGACAUUUUUGUUUUAUUUGUAAUUAAUUAGGAACAUUUUCUAUAUAUAUUUUUUCGAUUUGAAAACGUGGCGUAGGUUGUGUACAUCAAUAGGAAAAGAUUUGUAAUGCAAUUUUUAGAUAACAUUUUAAUGUGAAGGAGUGUGCAGACUUUCACUAGGCACUGUAGGUCCUAGAAGUCUAGUGUGGUAACCAUGGUUACUAUAGACAUGGGACUGGAAGUAGAACUUCCCACGAGUCCACAUGUUGAUCAGCAUAUUGGACAAAUGGAACUUCCCAUUUAGUCCCAUGUCAGUUGAUGAUUUACAGUAACAUGGCAGGUCCUCCCGUUGUAAAGGCCCCCUGACACUGAAGUCUCCCGUCAUCACUCUGACUCCUCCCUCAAAGGCAUCUGAGGCUAAAUCAAUAAGGCUGCCCACCUUUUAUUUCCCUUGACCUAUUUCCUCAUUCUGCUCAAAUGAAAAGACAAGGCAGGUUUCCGCCAUAUUCCCCUAUAUGGCAGAAACUAAACCCGGCCAACUAGAGGGCCUCUCCUACCAAACUGCUCUCACUGACAGUUCUCUCAGCUCAAUAAGGCAGAGGAAGUUACACAUAGCAAAGGGAGCUGUUAUAUGUAUUGGGUGUAUUCACAUUUAGCUUUGCUUUUGAAUUAAAUUUAGCAACUUUUCCGAGCUGAUUUAUAAUAUAAUGGGUGGCAAGUUUUCAAAGCGCCUGCCUUGAAAUGUUGAUAAAGUUCCUUGUAUCAAAGUUGAUAUGAAAGAAAGGGAAGGGUAUAUAUUAUAUAUCACCUCUAGGGUUGCAAAACCCCAGGAACUUUCAAUACGUUUCCUGGUUUUCCAGAAAUCCUGGUUGGAGGAUUCCAGAUUUCCUGCUUAUUCCUUCCUGAUUCCGGGAAUCAUCCAACUGGGAUUUCAGGGAAAAACCUGGGAAUUUAUUGAAAGUUCCCAGAAUUUUGCCAUCCUAAUCCACCCCCUGCUAUAUAUCUAUUCGUUAAGCUUACUCUUCAACGGUCUCCGACAUCAGGCAGUUGCAGAGAUCAGCAUCAAUAUAUUAUGAAUAUUUCCGUUUUUGCAUUUGUUUGUCGUAUGUUUGGUUAUUUCAAGUUGUUAUUAUGUCUCGUGGCCUUACAACAUCUGUUAGACAUUUGUUCUCCUCGGAAAUAUUUGUCUCCACAUAAAUAUUUAAUUUAGUGUAGUUCACUUGAAUUUAGGCAAGUAUAGCGUAUGCAUUGUAUUGAUAUUUACCACCUUGCGUUUGUUACCUUAUAUUCUCAAUUGUAAAAUUAAUUAUCAUAUAAAAAAAGAUUUCUAAUAACUUACUAAUGUGUUACUUGGUCAUUAUUAAAGUGCAAUACUUCUGUUGGA